AUGUCGCUCGCGAUGCUAACGCGAGUAAUCACUUUCGUGGAAACCGAUUCGGACUUUAAUGAGACGAUGCGCUUGUGGUUUUCCGCCGUGUGCUCGCUUGCCUUUUACGGGAUGUGUCGAAUAAACGAGGUGCUGCUCAUGCCGAAUGGGGAUAUUCAGCUCGGACUUCGGCGCAAAUGGUUUAAAUAUGCAUGUACGCAGUUAAACCACAAGUGGGACAGUGGUGACUACGCGUUCCCAGCACUGACAAAGGCUCCCCGCGGCAAUGCUAAACGUCCAAAGAGCUCUCUCGCUAGCACCAGUUCUAAUGGGACAUUUGGGAAUGUCGGCGUUAAAUGGGGCGCUCCGAUGUCGAACAGUAACUUCACUCAGAUUCUCAACAUUGUCGCCAAUGCAGCUGGAAUCAGCAAGAAUCUCCUUGGGGAUGACAUCUGGUUUACAUCACAUUGCUUUAGGCGAGGCGGGGCUCAGCUGAGACCGUAA